CCGCCCGCCGAGUCGGUGUCGAGGCCGAGCGGGGUCCGACCCACCCGUGAGGAGCCGCCGCGGGGGCACCGCGCAUGCGCUUCUCGCCGAGUUUCCGCCCGGAGCCCUUUCCCUGCGUCUCCACUUCCGGUGUUUUAUUUUUCCCUUUCCGGCCGGUGCGAGGGAAAGAUGGCGUCGCGCAAGGAAGGCUCCGGGGCUGCUGGCAGCGGCUUCGGCGCCUCCAAAGGCAAAGGCAAGGCCGCCGCCACGGGGGACUCGGCCGUCAAGCAAGUGCAGAUCGACGGGCUGGUUGUGUUAAAGAUCAUUAAACAUUACCAAGAAGAAGGACAGGGGAAUGAAGUGGUCCAGGGAGUGCUGCUGGGUCUUGUGGUGGAUGACAGACUUGAAAUCACAAAUUGCUUCCCUUUCCCUCAGCAUACAGAAGAUGAUGCAGACUUUGAUGAAGUUCAAUACCAGAUGGAAAUGAUGCGAAGCCUUCGCCACGUAAACAUUGAUCAUCUCCACGUUGGCUGGUACCAGUCCACGUACUAUGGCUCUUUUGUCACCCGUGCCCUCCUGGACUCCCAGUUCAGUUACCAGCACGCAAUUGAGGAGUCUGUAGUUCUCAUUUACGAUCCCAUUAAGACUGCCCAAGGGUCUUUGUCACUAAAGGCUUAUAGACUGACUCCCAAACUGAUGGAAGUUUGCAAAGAAAAAGACUUCUCUCCAGAGGCCUUGAAAAAAGCAAAUAUUUGUUAUGAAAACAUGUUUGAAGAAGUGCCCAUUGUAAUUAAGAAUUCAUACCUGAUCAAUGUGAUGCUGUGGGAACUGGAAAAGAAGUCCGCAGUAGCCGAUAGACAUGAAUUGCUCAGUCUGGCUAGCAGUAAUCACCUAGGGAAGAGUCUGCAGCUGCUGAUGGACAGAGUGGAUGAGAUGAGUCAGGACAUUGUUAAAUACAAUACCUACUUGAGGAAUGUAAGCAAACAGCAGCAGCAGAAACACCAGUACCAGCAGAGACGUCAGCAGGAAAAUUCACAGCGUCAAAGCCGAGGAGAACCCCCUCUUCCUGAGGAGGACAUCAAUAAACUUUUUAAACCACCGCAGCCGCCUCCGAGAAUGGAGUCACUCCUUAUUGCGGGUCAAAUUAAUACCUACUGCCAGAAUAUUAAGGAGUUCAAUGCACAGAACCUGGGCAAGCUUUUCAUGGCUCAGGCUCUCCAAGAUCACAACAACUGAAGAAACUUUGCCAUAGCCAUCAACAGGAAAAGUUAUUUACAGUUUUAUGCCAUUCACGAUCCUCUUGAAAAUUUAGUGUAUUGGGAAAAGAGUCACCUUGGUUUGUGUAGAAUUCUCCUGUAAGAAAAAUAAAGGCAAAUUUUAAUGAUA